AUGAACGCUGUCGCACGGGGCCUGGCCGGUGGGACCGCCUGCUCGCUACCAGCUCGGCUGCUGGCGUUUGCCGUGUUCCUGGGCGUAUAUGCCGGAGGCGUGUACCACGCCUGGCAUGCGCUGGCGAUCCAGCGGCACGCGCUGCCAGCAGCAACAGCGCGGCAGCUUGGGGCAGCUCUGGCGCCGCCGCCACCGGCCGCUGCGGCGGCAGCGGCGAGCGCCGCCAGCACCUUGUGCGGCCCCACCAUUCGCGUCCACUGCACGCUGCUGCCCGGAGAGCCUGAGCAGCAUGGCCAGCUGGCAGUGGACCUGCAGACUCUGGCGGCGCGGCAUCUGCAGCCGGCGCUGAGCCAACUGGCACCGGCCCGCGUGGGCAGCAAUGUGCUGCUCUACCCGCCGCGCCUGCCCGCGCAGCAGCUGCGCUGGGACGAGCAGCGGCAGGCGCACGUGCUAGCCGCGGCGGCGGCGGCAUCCUGGGCCCAGCGCAUGCAGCAGCUGGCAUGGUCUGCCGUCCAGGCGCACGCCGACAGCAGCCUGGAGCUGGCGGCAGCGGCGGUGCUCCUGUAUGUGCCUCCGCCAGCACACCUGCCGCUCCUGCUGGAGCUUGGCGGUGGCGACGCCAGUGCCAGUAUGCAACUCCCAGACAGCAGCCUGCUGCUCAUAGUAAACCAUAACGGCAGCGGUGACAGCAGCGGCAACGGCAGCUGCGGCAGCAUCACAGGUCCCCAUGCCAGCCAAGAGGAGCAGCUGGCCGGUGCCAUCCUGUCCUGGCUGCUGCAGCCGCUGGCGGCGAGCAGCGGCGGUGGCAGCGGCGCCACCUCCUCCCCCGACACCCUGCAGCAGCUGCGCCGCAGCCUGACCGCGGCGUGUGCAGCCGAGGCGGCGGUGGCGCUUCAGCGGUUUGUCGGGGCCGCCGAGGCGGCUCCUGACCAGCCAGUGACGGCUGCCAUGGCCAGCCGAGCCGCCGAGGUGGUGCAGCUGCUGAAGGCGGUGGCAGCCCAGCAGCAGGAGGAGCAGGCGGCGGAGGCGGGCCAGGGUGCGGCCACCCAAGGCCUGGCGGCUGCCAGAGGCGCCUGGGCUGCCGCCCACCAGUUGCUGCAUGACCCGGGGACGGGCGCGAGCCAGGCGUUCCCGCCAGAGCACACGCUGGCGGUGCUGCUGCCGCUGGCGCUGCCGGUGUCGCUGGUGCUGGUGCAGGCAGCGGGCCGCGAGGCGGCGGCGUGGCGGAAGCGGCGUGCGGCUGAGCAGGCAGCGGCGGAAGCACACGGCAAAGCAGACUGA